AUGUCUCCUAAAUCUGCACAACUAUAUGUCCUUGAGACCACCCAGGCUGUUAAUGGCAGGUUACACAUGAAAGAAAAUUCUGGUUGCAAUGAGGAUCUCUUAAAAAGAUUAGAUAUUUUAAUAAGACAGAAUAACCCAUUUUCUAUUAGUUUUAAAACCUUGGGAGAAAUUGAGAAAGAAGAAAAAAAUAGGGCUAUUCAAGAAAAUCGUCCAGUUCAAAAAAUCAAUAUGAUUUUUCGUGCAGAUCGCUCAAGUGACAAGCGAAGAUAUAACAUUCCUAAUAUAGAUGAAGUAGCCAUGAUUUUUACAAAUGAUGAUGGUGAACUCCCAUUUAAACGGGAUAUCAAGGUCUAUCCUCGAGUUGAUGGUAGUGAUCUGAUAAAUAUAAAUAUAUUAAGCCCUAAUCUUGAUCCAAUGGUCGAGGCGAAUAAUUUAAAUUUUAUUAGACAAAAUCAGCCAAAAUUACGAGUAGAUGAAUAUUCUGGAUUAAUGGACUACUUGGAAACAAAGUCAAACAAUAUAAUUCCCGGCAAAGCAGUAAUAUUACUAUCAUCUUUUCAAGGUUCUCAAAGAAAUAUGCGAGAACGCUAUCACGAUGCAAUGGCCAUUGUGCUCAAAUUUGGCAAACCUGAUUUGUUUUUUACUUUUACAUGCAAUCCUAAUUGGCGUGAAAUUAAGGAAAAUCUAUUUCCCGGGCAAAGUCCUACAGAUAGACCAGAUUUAAUAGCCCGUGUUUUUAAAUUGAAAUUAAAUGAAUUAUUGUUCGAUAUAAAUAAAAAAAAUUUAUUUGGUAAAUCUAUGGCUUUUAUAUAUACAAUCGAGUUCCAAAAAAGAGGUUUGCCUCAUGCCCAUAUACUUAUUAUUUUAAACGAUGAUAGCAAAAUUGAAACAUCUCAAGCUAUAGAUAAAUUUGUUUGUGCCGAAAUGCCAGAUAAAAUUCUCGAUCCUAAACUUUUUCAGAUUGUUACCCAUUUUAUGAUACAUGGUCCUUGCGGGAUAUUUAACCCCAAAUCGCCUUGCAUGGAAAAUGGCAUAUGUACCAAAAAAUUUCCGAAGGAUUUUCAAAUGGAAACAAGACCAAAUAUUGAUGGGUAUCCAUAUUAUAAAAGGCGAGAUAAUGGCAUUACAAUUCUUUCCGGUAAACCUAAGGAUAAUCGUUAUGUUAUUCCAUAUAAUCGAUAUCUAAUGUUAAAAUUCAAUGCUCAUAUUAACGUGGAAAUUUGUACAUCUAUUAAAUCGGUAAAAUAUAUCUUUAAGUAUAUUUAUAAGGGUUAUGACUGUACUAAUGUUGACAUUAAUGUUGCUUCAAAUAUAAAUAUUCAUGACAAAAUUAAAUCACAUUUAAAUGCGCGAUAUGUGAGUGCAUGUGAAUCAAUGUGGAGAUUAUUAGAAAAUAAUAUGCAUGACCGCUCGCACGCUGUUAUUCGCUUAGGAAUUCAUUUACCUUUACAACAGCCAGUAUAUUUCACUGCUGGACAUGAAAGAGAUGCUUUAUUGAGAUCAGAAAAUAAACAUACUACUUUAACGGCAUGGUUUGAGUUAAAUAAGACAGAUCUAAAUGCUAGACAAUAUCUUUAUGGGGAAAUACCUUAUCAUUAUGUGUUUACAAAUUACCAUUGGAAACUAAGAAAAAAACGAUUAAAUGUAAUUUCGAGAAUGUAUUCCGUUCAUCAAAAUUCUGGUGAACGAUUCUUCCUUCGAUUAUUAUUACUUCAUGUUUGCGGGGCUACAAGUUUUGAUUAUUUAAAAACUAUUAAUGGAAUUUUAAUGAGUACUUUUAAAGAGGCAGCUAUUAAAAGAAAUUUGUUAUCAGAUGAUAAAGAGUGGGAAUCAUGCUUAGAAGAGGGAUCAAUAUAUCAAAUGCCGUCACAACUUCGGAGUACUUUUGCCUUUAUCUGCAUUUUUUGUCAGCCUGAAAAUCCUGCAUAUCUACGGAAUAGGUUCAGAUUUAUGAUGAUUGAAGAUUAUUUGCGUCAAUAUUCAGAAGUAAUUGCAAUAAACAUGGCUUUAAUGGACAUUGAAAACGUUUUUCUUGAUCAUGCUCUAGAUAUUAAAAAUAGCAAAUUGAUUAUUAUUGAUGAGGCCACAAUGAUGACUAAACACGCUUUGCGAUGCAUUGACCGAUUACUUAAAGACAUUAUGAAAAAUUCCCACCCAUUUGGCGGAAAAGUAAUUUUAUUAGGUGGGGAUUUUAGACACACUUUACCAGUAGUGCCUAAAGGCUCCAAAGUCGAUAUUAUAGAGUCCUGCCCUAUCAAACAUUAUUAUAGUGCAGAUUCCAUUGAAAGCGAUAAUAAGGAUGAUAUAAUGAAUUUUCCACUAGAAUUUUUGCAUUCACAAACUCCAUCCGGUAUGCCACCUCACAAGCUAACACUUAAGGUUGGUACAAUUGUUAUGCUAUUACGCAACUUGAGCCCAAAGAAAGGACUUUGUAAUGGUACCCGUUUAAUCAUACGACAUUUACAUAUUAAUUUUAUCGACGCUGAGAUCUAG